AGCCGAAAGGGGCGGGAGGAGAAAGUCAACAGGCCAGUGCCUGCUUCAAGUUUGGUUCCGCGGGAUGUCUAGAAUUUGGGGAAGAACUUAACUCCCGCGUAUUUGACUGCUUAUUGGACACCUCCACGGAUGCCUGGAGAGAAUGCGAAACAGCCGGGACCGGCUCCUGAACAAAUACCGCCAGGCUAGAGGCAAUAUGCCAGGAAGAGCUCAGAGCACCCUUCUAGUGCAAGAGUUGAUGGAAGAAGAGUGGAGUGCUUUACAAUCAAUGGAAAGUCGUCCAGAGGCCUUGGCUCAGUGGGAGAGGCCGAUGGACUUGGCUGAGCUGGAAGAAAUCCAACAGGAGCUGAUUGACCAAGAACAGUCCAUCAUCAGUGAAUAUGAGAAGAGCUUGCAGUUUGAUGAAAAAUGUCUCAGCAUCAUACUGGCUGAGUGGGAAGCGAACUCCCUCAUCUGUCCUGUGUGUACAAAUUUCAGGGAUCCUGGUCUGCUGGCCAUGAAGCUCUGGGAUCCCAAUUCUGCCUCUAGGUACAACCUGAGAAUAGCAAGCGGUGUGGUCAUGUGUCAGUGUGGCCUGUACAUCCCAUCUCAUUCUUCAGAAUUGACAGAGCAGAAACUUCGUGCCUGUUUAGAGGUCAGCGUGAGUGAGCACAGUGCACACUGUCCUCACACACCUGUGUUUUCAGUCACUGAAGGGACAGAAAAAAAGUCCAGUCUUCUCAUGAACUGUCUGGCUUGCGAUACUUGGGCUGUGAUCAUCUAAAGCCAGCCUUCACUCACUUCGUUCUAUUGGGUUGGAAACAACUCUUUCCAUCUGCGACGAGAGGGAACCCUGUAAAUACAAACCUUUCAUUUAUAACUUAUUUUAUAUUAAAACUUUCCAAACAUGUA